AUGUUAGGGUCGGGUGUGAGGUCAGCGCUGCCGGCCCUGCGGCUUGUCUGUGGCCACCGCGCCUUGACUGCCCGAGGCUUUAUACGAUGCAAAAGUAGGUCUUCUACGACGCCCACGUCCGAUCCAGGCGUCUGCCGCCAAACGGCGCAGACGUUGUUUUCGUUGGAGCGUUUUCACCGGCAGAGCGACUCGGAGACUGAGCGGCGGAAGGUGGAGAGCCAGGCCUGGCGUGAACUGCGGAAACUCCCCGACGCCGUGGCAAAUAGCGCAUCCAUUCACGAUGUCACUGACAUCGUUGGUGCAUGGUGCUAUUUUUCGCGGUUCUGGGCGUUAGGGAUGCAGGGACCGGGGGGAACGGUUUGUGGGGGGCAAAACGAAGGGGUCUUGGCCGGGGAGGAGGACAUUGUCGUCCCAUUGCUGGAGCGCCGGGCGGCGCCGACACAGCCCCCCACAGCUAAUGAGGCACCGCCACCGCGCACCAACCCGUUGGAUGAAAUAAUUGAGUUUUGA